CGAUCCAGUCAGCUGACCUGUCUUGUGAUAGCAGCUAGGCUGGACUCGGCGAGAGUGAGAGAGGCACGUAUUCACGUUCGCUGGCUGGACUGCGCUCGAGAGAACGUUCGCAUCUCCUCGAUUAAUUAAAUAUUCAAAAUGACGAAUCAAAGUUUGGCUAAGAUUGCACAUGAGGAGCGGGAGGGCAAGUUUGGAUAUGUCUACGCAGUAUCUGGACCUGUCGUUACCGCUGAAAAAAUGGCUGGAUCAGCUAUGUACGAGCUGGUGCGAGUUGGUUAUUAUGAAUUAGUAGGAGAAAUUAUUCGAUUGGAGGGUGACAUGGCUACAAUACAGGUGUAUGAGGAGACAAGUGGAGUAACAGUCGGUGAUCCCGUCCUUCGCACUGGAAAGCCACUGUCGGUCGAAUUGGGUCCCGGUAUCCUCGGCAGCAUCUUCGACGGUAUCCAACGUCCGUUGAAAGACAUCAACGAGCUUACAAGCUCGAUCUACAUCCCGAAAGGCGUCAACGUACCGGCACUUUCACGUACCGCUAGCUGGGAAUUCAAUCCGCACAAUAUAAAGAACGGCAGUCACAUCACAGGAGGUGACAUGUACGGCGUCGUACACGAGAAUACCUUGGUAAAGCAUUGGAUGAUCCUGCCACCUAAGUGCAAAGGCACUGUCACGUACGUCGCGCCUGCUGGCAACUACACUGUUGAUGAUAUCGUACUGGAGACCGAAUUCGACGGCGAGAGGCAGAAAUAUACUAUGCUUCAGGUGUGGCCAGUCCGUCAACCUCGUCCAGUCACUGAAAAACUGCCAGCUAAUCAUCCUCUACUCACUGGCCAACGAGUUUUGGACUCUCUCUUCCCAUGCGUCCAAGGUGGAACCACGGCUAUUCCUGGUGCUUUCGGUUGCGGUAAAACUGUCAUCUCACAAGCCCUCUCCAAGUACUCUAACUCUGACGUCAUUAUUUACGUCGGUUGCGGAGAACGUGGUAAUGAAAUGUCUGAAGUAUUACGUGACUUUCCCGAGUUGACUGUGGAAAUUGAGGGUGUCACCGAGUCCAUCAUGAAACGUACCGCUUUAGUCGCCAAUACGUCCAACAUGCCGGUGGCUGCUCGUGAAGCAUCCAUUUACACAGGUAUUACUUUAUCUGAAUACUUCCGAGACAUGGGUUACAACGUGUCGAUGAUGGCGGACUCGACAUCCCGUUGGGCAGAAGCCCUUCGAGAAAUCUCAGGUCGUUUGGCUGAAAUGCCUGCCGAUUCCGGUUAUCCUGCUUAUCUCGGUGCUCGUCUAGCCAGCUUUUACGAACGCGCCGGAAGAGUCAAAUGCUUGGGAAAUCCAGAUCGUGAAGGAUCCGUCAGUAUCGUUGGUGCUGUAUCACCACCAGGUGGUGAUUUCUCCGAUCCUGUGACUAGCGCGACCCUUGGUAUUGUGCAGGUGUUUUGGGGAUUGGAUAAGAAACUUGCACAACGUAAACACUUUCCCUCUAUUAACUGGCUCAUAUCAUACAGCAAAUACUUACGAGCAUUGGACGAUUUCUAUGAUAAGAACUUCCCGGAAUUCGUCCCGCUGAGAACGAAAGUGAAGGAGAUCUUACAAGAGGAAGAGGACCUGUCGGAAAUCGUCCAGUUGGUAGGCAAAGCUUCACUCGCUGAAACGGAUAAAAUCACGCUCGAAGUAGCAAAAUUGCUGAAGGACGAUUUUUUGCAACAAAACAGCUAUUCGCCAUACGAUCGUUUUUGUCCAUUCUACAAAACCGUGGGAAUGUUGAGAAAUAUGAUUGCUUUCUACGAUAUGGCGAGACAUGCCGUUGAAUCUACAGCGCAGUCGGAUAAUAAAAUUACAUGGAAUGUCAUUAGGGACAGUAUGGGCAAUAUUCUUUAUCAGUUAAGCUCUAUGAAGUUUAAGGAUCCUGUUAAAGAUGGCGAAGCAAAGAUCAGGUCGGACUUUGAUCAAUUACAUGAAGACAUACAACAGGCAUUCAGGAAUUUAGAAGACUAAAUUUCUUGUUACUUGUAACUUGUUAAAAGCAAUUUUAAGAUAUUGAUUGUUCUUUGUCUUGGCCCUAACAUUUAAGGAUGUCCCGGUCUAACUCGUGAAUUGCAGAUAACUUGCCGAAAAUAUGCUACAAGCAGCAGCGUUAUCGAUUAUAUAAUAUAUUAUUUACCAUUAUCCUUCAAAACAAAUGAAUUGUAAAUAGAGAAGUUAAAGUUGAAACCUCCGAUAUCAUCUUGCAGCAAAAUAUAGUUCGAGACAAUGCCAUGUCAUGUACGUGACGAUUGAGACAAUAAAGUGGGACAUUCUUAAAUGCAAUUAAGACGUAUAUAUUUAAAAAUAUGCUUCGCGUGCUCGAGAGUAAAUUUGACUCGAAAUUCGCGGAAGUAAUUACUUGUAAUUAAUCAGAUAUUAUCAGAGAAAGUAAUUUUACCCUUUGCAGAGAUAUAUAUAUACAUAUAUAUAUACUUUUAUUGUUUCCGCUUUGUUAAAGGUGCACACAAAUAACCAAGAAGUCAAUAUUCUCAUGUUUUCUGUGUAUGUGUAAUAUAAAUGAAAGUACAUAAAACGGCUUCUCCCCGUUUCAUUCUAAUGCGCGCAGAUUAGAAAUUAUCGAGAAGAUACUCUUAGUUAUCGAUCACAUGGCACAUGAACGACAGGUAGCUUUUACCUUGCAAAAAAAUCGUGGAGUAUAUUAAGUAUUGUAACAUAUAUAUAUAUAUAUACAUUGUAAUGUAUAUUAAGUAUUGUAACUAUUUAAGAAAAAUGCGAUAAAAGUAAUAAUCGCACAUAACAUUAAGAAUUAUUAUACUUUAAUGAAACGUUACAAAUAUGAUUGCAUGAUUUGAGAGUUUAGAAAGAGAACACACACAUACGAUAGAUUAGAUAAAAUGAUGAAGCUGUAAAAUCCUCAGCAAUGAAGAUAAUUACGAGAGAAAUAAGAAUGUGUAACACAUAUGACUAGUGUUCCAUUGACUUCGAUAUCAUUUCCAUUGUAUGAUAUGUAAAAAAAAAUACAAUAAAAAAUUAUGCAAGAAUUA